AAAGCGAAGAAUCUUGUGCACCCUACAAAGAACAAAUCUUUCGACUCGGAGUGCAGCAAGGUAACUAUCUUUGGCCCACCAUCUCUCUUGAAAAGGAUGAAGUGCAGCAAAAUUUUGAGGUGCAACAUAAAUGCAAAGCCUUAAUGACUUUAUUAGUCACAUGUCGAGGCAGACUGAAAGCGAGUUUUAUUUCAUUCGUUCCCAGUUUUUUUUUCGAGCAAAUUUAAACAUGGCGGCAAACAAGAAACGUUCAAGAGUCGUUUUCCAAGUUGCGCUUGACAGCGAAGUGUUUAAUCUUUAACUAGAAAUCCCAAUUAUUUGACAUUCUUAUGGUCAGUGGAGCCCUUGGAAAUCCGUACGUCGUUUGCUAAUUCUGGUAUAGACUGAUAAAGCGCGUUUUAAACAUGCCGCGAAUUCGCACAGCUCACAAGUUCAGUGAGAGGCAACGAACCGGGGAUGUCUUGGCCGACGAACAAGUGGAUUUCAAGUCUCUUCUACUUUCUCCAGAUGUUUUGAAGGGACUUAAUUCCUCUGGAUUCGAACGACCUUCUCCGAUACAGUUAAAAGCCAUUCCUUUAGGAAGAUGUGGGUUGGAUCUGAUAGCUCAAGCUAAUUCUGGAACUGGUAAGACCUGUGUGUUUAGCGUCAUUGCCUUGGAAAGUCCUCAUUCUGACAGCAACACGACCCAGGUGCUGAUCUUGGCACCGACAAGGGAGAUUGCUGUGCAAAUUAAGGAUGUCAUCACUGCUAUUGGCUCGGAAAUAAAGAACUUAGUUUGCCAUGUGUUCAUUGGUGGAUUGCCAGUUGAUGAGGACAAGAAAGUUCUUCGAAAAUCAUGCCAUAUUGCUGUUGGUACUCCUGGGAGAGUUAAAUACCUGAUUGAGAACCAUCUUCUCAAGACAGAGUUUGUGCGACUCUUUAUUCUUGAUGAGGCAGACAAACUGCUGGAGGAUAAUUUUCAGGAGCAAAUCAACUGGAUUUUUUCAUCAUUGCCAUCAAAUAAACAAAUGAUGGCAUUCUCUGCAACAUACCCAGAAUACCUUGCCAAACACUUGACAAGAUACAUGAGGGAACCAACAUUUGUGCGACUUAAUGCCAGUGACCCCACUCUCCAGGGAAUCCAGCAGUUUUAUCAGAUGGUGCCUUUUCAUCCCUUGCCACACAAAAUAUUUCAAGAAAAGAUCUGUAAGCUUUUAAAGCUACUUUCAAGCCUACCAUUUAAGCAAUGUCUUGUGUUCUCAAACUAUCAGAUAAGAGCUCAGAGCCUCUGUGAUACUCUUCGUCUGAAGGGAUGGCCUUCUGUCUUCAUUGCAGGCAGUCAAACUCAGAUCCAGCGAUUGAAAGCCAUGGAGAGACUCAAGCAGUUUAAAUGCAGAGUGCUUAUUUCAACUGACCUGACUUCUCGUGGAAUAGAUUGUGAAAAUGUCAACAUUGUGGUGAACAUGGAUGUCCCUCGUGAUUCUGAGACAUACCUCCACCGGAUUGGACGAGCAGGCAGAUUUGGUACACAUGGUGUUGCCGUGACCUUCGUGGCCAGUGGAGAUGAGGAAAAAUUAUUCAGGAGAAUAGAGGAGAAUAUUGGUACAACUACAAUUGAGGCUUUGCCAGAGGUCAUUCCUCCAUCUAUAAGUAAUGCACUCAAUGGAAACGCUGAAGUUGAUCUAGCAACUGGACUUCCCCGAGCAACUUCUAUUGAAGUUGAUAUAUUGAAAAGUAAUUUCAAGCAAUCUGAAGUAGCAGAGAACCAAGAGAGGUCAAAUGCUAGUGAAGUCUCCAAAGAAAGUAAUGAAAAUGUCUUGGACGAUGUUGAGAAAAAGGCUCCUGUUGAAGAUCAAAAUAGUUUGUCUGCUGAGAGUCUGGUUGAAAAGACAUCUCUGAGCACUGAUUUUGAAAGUCAAGUUGAUCGGCAAACAAUGAAAAAUUUCUGGAGUGAGAAUGAUGUUGACUCAUCAAAGGACAGUGAAACAGAGGAAGUGUUGAUCGACAUUCAAGAGAGGUUCCAAAACUCUUUGUUUCUGGGUCAGAACUGUAUCAAGGGGAACAUAAGAAGGCAAAAACCUCAAAGUAUGCAAACUCAAUGCAUUUCAGGUGAGCUCCAAGCAAGUGAGACUGAUACCAUUGGGAAAGUUAAUUUCUCAGACAUAGCUGAAGUCUCAUGCAAUGAUGUGAAGGAGAAUGAUUCAGAAAUGACAACUAGUCACCACCAAUCAGCUAGAUUUAACGCAUCUGAAGAAAGGCUGUCUGUUGUUGAAGACAAUUCAGGUAAAUUAGAAGUUGGAAUAGACCACAGUUUGCACCUGGAGUCAGAAAUUGUCAACAACAUGGAAGAUGUACUAACUAAAGCCAGCCAAGAAAGUGACCUUCACUGCAGCCAACAAGGAAACACAGAUGGAAUCAUCUAUCAGAACUCAUUAGAGGGGUCAUCCGAAUAUGAAGGCAAAGAUUCCACAGGAACACCAAGUUCAGAUGAAGAUAUAUCUGGUAGCUGUAAUAACAGUCAAGAAAGUUCUAAUUGCCUGGAAUUUGAUGCCUCUGAGGAAGAAGAGGGAUUGGGUUUUGUGUGUUCUAUGCCUUCCGUGGAUGAAUUUGAGAGAGACUUUGAAAGAUACCUGGAAUGUGUGUCCAGUCAUUUGCAAGAAGAUAAUGCUUGUAAUAACAUUCCUGGACCAAGUAAAUUGUUAGAUGAUGAUGCAAUCAAGAGUGGAAUUAAUUCAUGUGCUACUGAAGAGGACAACCAGAAUUACGUGGCUGCUACAGCAUAUGCGGGAUCACAAAAUUUUAAUACUGUCCCUGGAACAUGCUAUCAAAGGCUGCCAAAAGAUGCAGCCAGUAGCUGCUAUUCUUGCUACUGUGGACAGUUUACCGAAGUGCAAAAUCCAACCACAAAUGAAAAGAAUGAUUUUCAAGAAAAUUCAUUCUCUGAAGGACCAUCAGAUUACUGUCAUGGUCGAAAUGAUUUCCAUGACAGAUGUUUUCAGCCUGUUGAUAGUUUCUACAAUUCUAUUCAUUGUAAUAAUUAUGAUCCACACCAACUGUUACCUGGUAAUUAUCAUUACAGACCACCAUGCACUUCUGAUGCCCAAACACACAGAGACUUUGCCAAGGGUACUUUAGGUCAAUUUGCAGAUACCUGUAAUACUGGAAGUUAUGAAGAAGGUCAGUGGAAUGCAAGCUGGUAUGAUGCAUAUCAAAGACAAACAAGUUGUAUCAGGCAAUUUGUAUCUUUUAGUAGGUCUGUAAAAUUAUAGUUUAAUUAACAAUUACAGUUCACAAAAUUUUACUGUUAGUUGCUCCCUAAUAUACAAGUUACAGUGUACCAUAUCUUUAGAAUGAAAUGUCACCUGACAUUUCUGCAAGUGCUCUAGAUUUACAGCACAAAUUAAGUUAUUAAAAUAGUUUCUGUAAUUGUGCAUUGUACAAUUAGCUAUUACAUUUAUUAGAAAAUUUCAAUUUUUGCCAGAUUAUUUGCUUUAUGUGCAUAGGUAAAGAGAGUGACCCAAAAAACUAUUUUGCACACUCAAGAAAAAAAAAUGAUUUGUCCUGUGUCAUUGGCAAAUCAACACCAACCCUGAAGAGGCCAUUAGAAUUUACAUAAGGAUGAUUUAGGGAGGAAAAAAAAAUGAAAUUGAGUUCAGUGAAGGUUAAAGGUCUGGGCUCGGUUGUUCAAAGAGCGGGUAACGCUAUCCAACUGGUAAAUCGCUAUCCAGUGGCUAAGUGUUAUUAAAACAUACUGCGCUAUCCACCAGAUAGAGAUUUAUCCAGUGGAUAGCGUUAUCCAUCCUUCGAACAACGGGGGCCUGGAGAUGCUACAGUUGCACAACUUGCAUAAUUCUUUUCACAAAAUAUCAUAAACGUUUUGUGACAAUGUUUGUCUCUGUUUAGGAAUUCUUUCCUGGAAAAACAAUAAGUUAACCCAAAUUCAAACUGGUUCAUAAAUUUUUUUGAAUGAUUGCAGAUAAAAAAAUGCAUUAUAUGAGUAACUUGUGAUACCAUAAUGUAAAAAACAGCUGAUUUAUCAAAUUUCAUCUUAAAUAAUAAAUUUUUCACAAGAUAA